UUAUCGUACCAAUCAACCUUCAAUCUUUAAUUUUUUUUGUUUUUAGUUUGAUAUUCAAUCUUUAUAGAUUUUAGGAUCGUAAUACGUUACAACAUUUAUUUAAACAAUAUAUAUUCAAUGAAAAAGUUCAAGUUCAUGAUUUAAAAAAUCCAUUUUCAUCCUUUUUUCUUACAUCCAUCCUUAUCAUUUGUUGUUGUUGUUGUUGUUGGUGAUUGGUUUGAUUUGGUUUUCGACAAAAGAAUGGCCAACGAAACCAAUGAUGUAUGGGUAUUUGCUUAUGGAUCAUUAAUUUGGAAUCCUGGUUUUGAAUAUAAAAAAGUUAUUAUCGGUUGUAUUCGUGGAUAUUCAAGAAGAUUUUUUCAAGGUAGUGAUCAACAUCGUGGUUCACCUGAAUCGUUGGGUCGUGUGGCCACUUUAAUCGAAGAUGAACAAGGCUCCACCUGGGGAUUAGCAUUUUUGAUUGCCGAUGAUCAAACAGCAUUGGAAUAUUUAAAACAACGUGAAUCAUGUAUUGGUGGCUAUACAACAAUAAUGACAAAAUUUUAUCCAAAAGAUCGUCGAAUCAAAGAAUCAAUACAGACAUUAGUUUAUAUUGCAUUACCAUCGAAUCGAUUAUUUCUUGGUCCUAGUCCACGAUUAGCUGAUGAAAUUGCUCAAGCCAAAGGAUUUUGUGGUUAUAAUGUAGAAUAUCUAGCCAAAUUAAUUGCAUUCAUGAAAAUUGAACUGCCACAUAUUAUUGAUGAACAUCUACAACAAAUAGAAUUACAAGUGAAACAAAUUCUUCAACAAAAUAAUCCAAAUUUAUUGAAAUUUUUUACCGAAGCAAUUGAUUUAUGGCUGAACAAUACAAUAUUAACCUCAAAUGAAACAAUGAUUAUGGAUUCAUUGAAAACAACAACCAUUAUUAAACCAUUAUUGAUCAAUAAUAAUAAUCGUAUGAUUGAUAAUAAUGGUAAAGUGCCUAAAAAACAACAAUUACGUUGUAUGAUUAAGUAUUGA